GUGGCUAGUUGGAGUCCAGGAGACGGGGAUGGGGGUGUGCCAGUCGCCUAUCUUGCUGGUUUGAGUCCCUACAACUACUAGCAGAUUAGGCGGCUCGCUCCGCCCACUUCUGCCGGGAAAGGCCCUCCUUCCGCGUGAGUUGGUUCUCUGGACCGGUGCCGUAGGGGGUGGAGUAGGGCGCCAUUAGUCGGGAGCCUGUGUACCCCGCGGAAUGGAGAUGGAGCUGGACGGCGAGGGGCGCAUGGUGGUGCGGCCGCUGCUCACUGACCUCUAUCAGGCUACCAUGGCGCUGGGCUACUGGCGUGCGGGCCGGGCGUGCGAGGCAGCAGAGUUCGAGCUCUUCUUCCGCCACUGCCCGUUCGGAGGCUCCUUCGCCCUUUCCGCCGGCUUGCAGGACUGUAUGCGCUUUCUUCGCGCCUUCCGUCUGCGGGAUGCAGAUGUGCAGUUCCUGGCUUCAGUGCUACCCCCAGACACUGACCCUGCGUUCUUCGAACACCUUCGAGCCCUUGACUGCUCUGGGGUGACCGUGCGGGCUCUGCCAGAAGGUUCCCUCGCCUUCCCUGGUGUGCCGCUCCUGCAGGUGUCUGGGCCUCUUCUUCUGGUACAGCUGCUCGAGACUCCGCUGCUGUGUCUGGUCAGCUACGCUAGCCUCGUAGCCACCAAUGCUGCUCGGCUUCGCUUGAUUGCAGGGCCGGAUAAGAAACUACUAGAGAUGGGCUUGCGGCGAGCUCAGGGUCCGGACGGGGGCUUCACAGCCUCAAUUUACAGCUAUCUGGGUGCCUACCUACCUUCUCACCCAGGCUUUGACAGCAGCAGUAACACACUUGCUGGACAACUGAGAGGUGUACCGGUGGCAGGGACCCUGGCCCACUCCUUUGUCACUUCAUUUUCGGGUAGUGAGGUACCCCCUAACCCGAUGUUGGCUCCAGCUUCUAGUGAGGGCCCCACAGUGGACCUGCCUGCCAGGGUAAAUUUGUGGCUGAAGCGUGUGUGCCUCUGCUUGGGGCUAGAGGAGCAGGAGCCACACCCAGGGGAGCGCGCAGCAUUUGUGGCCUAUGCUCUGGCCUUUCCCCGGGCUUUCCAGGGCCUGCUAGAUUCCUACAGUGUACGCAGGAGUGGUCUUCCUAACUUCCUGGCAGUAGCCCUGGCACUGGGGGAGCUGGGCUACAGAGCAGUGGGUGUGAGGCUGGACAGCGGCGACCUGCUUCAGCAGGCUAAGGAGAUCCGUGGCAUCUUUCGAACUGUUGGUGCCCAGUUCCAGAUGCCCUGGCUAGAGUCUGUUCCCAUUGCAGUCAGCAACAACAUUGAUGAGAAGGAGCUGAUGAGACUGGCCCAGAAGGGCAGUGAGGUGAAUGUCAUUGGCAUUGGCACCAGUGUGGUCACUUGUCCCAAACAGCCUUCUAUGGGCUGUGUCUACAAGCUGGUGUCUGUAGGAGGCCAGCCUCGAAUCAAGCUGACAGAGGACCCUGAGAAACAAACACUGCCAGGGAGCAAGGCUGCCUUCCGGUUCUUAGGCCCUGAUGGGUCUUUGCUACUGGACCUACUGCAGUUGGCAGAAGAGCCCCCACCCAAGGCUGGGCAGGAACUGAGGGUUUGGCCUCGGGGGGCCCAGGAGCCCUGCACUGUGAAGCCAGCCCAGGUGGAGCCAUUGCUGCGACUCUGCCUGCAACAGGGACAGCUGUGUGAGCCACUGCCGUCUCUGGAUGAGUCCAGGCGCUUUGCCCAGCAGUCCCUGAGCCGCCUCCGCCCUGCACAUAAGCAGCUGCAGAGCCCUGCAGUGUAUCCGGUCGCACUGUCCGAGAGGCUUCGGGCACUGGUGAACAGUCUGAGUACUCGAGGUCCCCUGUGAAAAAAAAAAAAAAUCACAAAUAACACCGCUCUGUUCCCACCA